AUGGCUGUAAGAAUCACCAACGCAAUCAAGGAACGCUGGCAGGAGCGAUCGCAGCACGAAAAAGAGAAGGAAAACGUACGCUCGACGUUCAACGCUUUUGACAAGGAAAGGAAAGGAUACAUCGAAUUCGCCGACCUGUCCAGAGUUUUUGAGCAGCUAGGCGCUAAGUUCUCUAUCGAAGAGAUUGGUCAGGUUUUCGAAGAAUCGGACAUGAUGGAAGAUGGCAAGCUCACCUUUAACGAAUUUCUUGUAUGCCUCGCGAUCGGCUUUGUUCUUCACAAAAUUCCAUCUCUGGAAGGUGAACAGGAACAACCACUCAGCAUUUUCUACGCCCCCAUGUCUCGAACCAGCAGCAACAGCAGCCGAUCUUCAUCAGGUGGAUCAGGUCAAUCCAUUUUAUUUGGAGAUGGAAACAAACUGCGGCUAGCUUUUCAACUUGCCGUCGAUGCUUUCCUAUGGUUUGAUGUUGAUGGCAACGGCGAGAUUAAUCGUGAUGAAAUGGUAACGAAGCUGCAGAAUUCAAUGACGCUCCACUCUCCAACGAAAAAGAUGUCCACAGGGGAACGCAGCAGAGGCACGAGCGACGACUCCAGCAACCGGGCUAUCUGGGAGCAGCGUUUCAUGGAGAUGGAUUGGAAUGGCGAUGGCACGAUUCACUUUAAGGAAUUUCUCAUGGCCUUUGAAUCCUGGGUAGGCCUUGAAGAAGAAGCGUGACACACAGCGUCUUGACGAAUUUAUUUAGCCCAUAAGCUUAAUGAGCACGUCCGGCGGCCGGUCCGGCCUCGAAGAGCAUCUUGCUUUGCUAUCAACAAACCGCAGUGCACAUUGCGCAAUAGUACAGUGUAGAACAUCACAAGAAAAAGGCAUUAUUUUUGCUUUAAA